AUGGACUCGUCGGCUGAGGGCUUCUUCUUCUCCUUCGGCUCCGCCGGAGAGACUGAUAGGUGCCGCGGUACCACCACCGUGGACACUACUAGUUCUACCAGCUCCACACCGGGCACUGAGGUGCCUUCACCGCCGGUGUGGCCGCCCGCAAAGACGUCGACAGCGACCUUUCCGUGGGUUUCCCUGGACUCCGACACGCUGAACAAAUGGGCUGCCGGCUACUGCUACGCGGCUCCUAGCAAUAAUGUGAAGAUCAGCCGCUCGACCAAACCCUUACAGCUGAAGUUUCGUGUAGCUUUGACAGGAAACGCAGAUGGCGCUCCAGGCGAGGCCUCCCCAUCCGCGGACGCAAAUCAACAGGCCAUCUUUACGCUUUGCUACCAAACCUCUCCAGAGGUGGACACCCUGACAUCCGUGGCCGCCACCCAGACGACAGAGAUGACGCCAUCAAGCUCGUUCAACAGGGAGCACCGCGACGUAAUACCAGGACGAUACUACGGCGGGCUCAAAGUGUGGUCCUGUGCUGUGUUGCUCGUGCAGUACCUGGCUGACCACGCCGCACAGUACCGCAGUCUCUUUGAGGCAGCGGCGGUGGUCGCAGAGCUCGGGUGCGGUCAAGGACUUCCCGGACUGGCGGCCAUGUGCCUUGGUGCGCGGCGCGUGGCGUUUCAGGACUACAACAAGGAGGUCCUCGAUGUGUGCACGAAGCCGAACGUGGCAGCCACAGUUCACGCAAAUGGAGGCCUCCAGCAGUCGCAAGGCCGCUCUAGCACGACCGCGCUACUGCACGCCAAAUUCGUUCACGGCGACUGGGUCGAUCUGUCUUGGGAAUCCCAAGGCACUGCCUCCUCCCCCGCUUUCUCCGAAGCCUUCUGUGACGUCAUCCUCGGCUCUGACGUCACGUUUGACAAGGGUGCGUGCGACAAGCUUGCCUGCGUCUUGCAUCGCUGGCUGCGGCCUCACACAGGGACGGCGAUCAUCGUGUCGAAGGACUACUACUUUGGUACGAAUGGCGGCUACCUGGAGUUUACAAAGUCCGCACAGUCGUGCAGGCUGCAGGUGGAGCUGCUGAAGCGUGUGGACACGGCGGACACGAUGCCGCAUGUGGUGUUGCGUAUCACCCACGCGGCUUAA